GCUGCUUAUUUUAUUACUAAAACCAUCACUAAUUAAUUUUCCAUCUUCUUCCUUUAUUUUGAAGAAGCUGCUAGAUGAUGUAUAUAAUCUAGAUCCAGAGAGGCGACUAGAUUUCUGUUGCUUUGGAUUCUUAACAACAUCGUGCCUGCCUGCCACUCCCAUCAUCUUUUCCUAAUACCCUAUAUAUCCUUCUCUCUUUCUUUUGAAUUCACUUUUACAAAGAUUUCCCACAACAUAAAGUAAAUUUCGAACCCAUUACAAAUUCACCUGCUUUCACAAGUUUUUGGUGUUUUCUGAACCAAAGAUACAGCCCACAGAUGAGGGAGGUAACACCAUUGCUCUUCAUCUUUCUUCUCUUGGCUCCAACCUUCAUCAAUGGCGACACAGAUCCAGCUGAUGCCUCUGCUCUCAGGGUCAUGUAUCAAAGUUUGAAUUCCCCCGGACAGUUGACCAAGUGGAGCUCAAAUGCUGGCGAUCCAUGUGGAGAGAACUGGAAAGGCGUUACCUGUUCAGGUUCAAGAGUCACAGAAAUGUAUGCUGCAUUCAACUCAGAUGUUCACAUUCAUGUGUUUCAGUCUUACAUUUUGCAAAUCUUUAACUUGAUCUUUUUGUAUCAUUUCAGCAACUUAUCCAGCCUUGGGCUAUCUGGUGGAAUAGGAUACCAGCUUACGAGUUUGACAUCAUUAACCACCUUUGAUAUAAGCAACAAUAAUCUUGGCAAUCAGUUACCUUAUAACCUUCCUCCAAACUUGCAGAGAUUAAAUAUUGCUGGAUGUGGUUUCACUGGCACUCUUCCAUAUUCCAUAUCACUAAUGACUUCUCUAAAAUACCUAAAUGCUGCUCGCAAUCAAAUUAAUGGCGAAUUGUCUGACAUGUUUGGAAAACUUUCAGCGCUAACCACAUUGGAUCUAUCUUUUAAUUCAUUUACGGGCGAUCUUCCUGAGAGCUUAAGCUCGCUUUCCAGUGUGACCGAUAUGUAUUUGCAAAACAACCAGUUUACAGGAACCAUCGAUGUCCUUGCUGAUCUUCCCCUUAAGAACCUGUACGUUGCCAAUAACAAAUUUACUGGUUGGGUUCCUAGUCGGUUAAAAAACAUAAAUCUGCAAAAGGACGGGAACUCCUGGAAUUCAGGGCCUGCGCCCCCACCUCCACCGGGUACACCAGCAUCUGGAGGGGGCAGUCGAAAUCGCCAACCGAGUGGUAAUAGGAGCCCAUCCACAGACAAUUCUAAUGAUGGUGGGAAGAAAUCUGGAGUCAGCGGUGGAGCUAUAGCAGGAAUUGUGAUAUCAAUUUUGGUUGUUGGUGCAGUCAUUGCAUUCUUUUUAUUAAAGAAAAGAUCAAGAAAGUCGCCUGCUGACAUUGAAAAGACCGAGAACCAGCCUUUUACUCCUCUUGCUUCUCAGCCACAGGGGGUUCAAGAGAUGAAGUCUGUUCAGGCUUCCGCAAUGGCCAACACAAAAGCAUUUGAAAUUCCGUCUGCAAUAAAUCUUAAACCACCACCCAUGGAGCGCCACAAAUCAUUUGAUGACGAUGACUUCUCAGCAAAACCCGUGGUUCCCAAGAAAGUAAGUGUAGCUCCAACAAAUGCCAUAUCCUAUUCAAUAGCGGAUCUUCAAAUAGCUACAGAUAGCUUUAGUGCAGACAACCUUAUCGGUGAGGGGUCUACUGGACGUGUUUUCCGUGCUCAAUUUGAAGAUGGGAAGGUUGUUGCUGUUAAGAAGAUAAAUUCAUCUGCUCUCCCUGGUCACCUGUCAGAAGAUUUCAUUGAUAUAGUUUCAGACGUAUCAAGGUUACGCCAUCCAAACGUGACAGAGCUGGUUGGGUAUUGCUCUGAGCAUGGGCAGCACCUCCUAGUUUUUGAGUUCCUUAAAAAUGGUUCUCUCUAUGAUUUCCUGCACCUCACUGAUGAAUACAGCAAGCCAUUAACAUGGAAUAGCCGUGUCAAGAUCGCUUUAGGGGCAGCACGUGCAUUGGAAUAUCUACACGAAGUAUGCUCGCCAUCCGUUGUUCAUAAAAGUAUUAAAUCCGCCAACAUUUUGCUAGACUCAGAGCUGAAUCCUCACCUUUCUGACUGUGGUUUAGCAAGCCUUGUUCCAGAUGCAGAUCAGGAAUUGGAUAACAAUGGUGGUUCUGGGUAUAGUGCCCCAGAGGUUUCCAUGUCGGGUCAGUACACAAUAAAAAGUGACGUCUAUGGUUUCGGUGUCACAAUGUUGGAACUGCUGACGGGAAGAAAACCGUUUGAUAGCUCAAGAACAAGAUCUGAGCAGUCGUUGGUGCGAUGGGCGACUCCUCAGCUUCAUGACAUUGAUGCCCUUGUGAAGAUGGUUGAUCCGGCACUGAAAGGACUGUAUCCAGUUAAAUCUCUGUCUCGUUUUGCGGAUGUAAUUGCUCUAUGUGUACAGCCUGAGCCUGAGUUUCGGCCACCGAUGUCGGAAGUGGUGCAGGCGUUGGUUCGACUGGUGCAGAGGGCAAACAUGAGCAAGAGAACUGUUGGUAAUGAUCAAGUGUCAUCUUUGAGGCCUGAGGAGUAUGAGGAGCCUUGAUUAAUGAAAAUGAAUGGUUGGUUGGUUGGUUGGUUGUUUCUUUUAUUUAUAUUGUAAAAUAGUGGGAGGCUGCAGUAAACAAAAAGAGAGGUUUGGAAGUUGGAAAGUGUUUAUAUACCCUGAAUGAAUUUGCCUUGUUUUUCUCUUAACCCUUCACUGCCACUGCUACUGCUGUUAAUUAUGUUUGGAUACAUCAACAAUGUGCUAUUCGAUAUUAUUAAUGUUUUCAUUCAUCGAA